AUAUAAUCCACUGAACAUUUGUCGAUAAAGGUUCCUGAUAACGGUGGCGGAGUUAGAAUGUUUGUUCAUUGGCGCAAUUUUACGUUCUCGAGUGGUCACUUCUCGGCAAGCGGUGUGGUAGCCAAGUGUUAGGCGCCAUGUACUCCCAUGCAUUUGACUGCCGACAACUAACAAUUCUGACUUUCGCCGAGCAAAAGAAGAAAAAAAAAGGGGUCACUUCUCGGGUAAAAUGGUACUAGAGGCCAGGCACACGCAAUGCGCGUGAGCUGUGCAAGUCUUUUGUUAAAAUAGGGACAAAUAAUUUUGGCUUAUUCCUAGAUCAUUUGUAAUGCCAUAUUACCCUUUCAAAACAAUAAAUAAUGGAGUACUAAGAUGAAAAACCAAGGGGUGGAGAGAAGCUUGAAAGUGACCUGAGAUGGUGGAAGGUGGGUGAUUUGGAGAAUGCAGACAUUUUCCCUUUUAAUUGAUUUGCAGAAGUUGGUGGAGAUACAGUGAGCCAAAGGAGAAGAGAUGGUUGGGAGAUGGUUACAGAAUUUUGGAAGAAGUGGAAACUGAAGUUGGGACUUGGGAGGAGUUGGUUUGAACGUGGAAUGAAGGAUUACUGGCCCGCUUCCCUCAAGAAAUUUAUCCUUACCUCAAGGUCUCUUGCAUUUCCUCGUGAACAGGCAGAUCUGCAGAAGGUAUUACCAGGUCUGCACCUGAGAUCACUUAACAAUGUUAUUGCCCAGGGCAUGAAUCAGAAGAAAAAACACGAAAUCGAAGCGCUGGCUGCCAUUAUCAGUUCGAUUGCAAGGAGUGUUGGAGCUGGUACAGUAGUCGAUGUUGGUGCUGGUCAGGGUUAUCUUGCGCAAGUGCUUUCUUUCGAGUACCAGCUUUCCGUAAUUGCAAUAGAUGCUUGUUCUCAUCAUGGAAGGAUUACAGAUGCUCGUGCUGAACGAAUCAAAAAAUAUUAUGUUGCCAAGAUGCGUAAAUCUCGAUUGGAAAUCACAAAAUUGACCAUGCCAAAGACAGUCACAUGUCAUAUCCUGUCCGCUGACAUGUUGAAAGUAUUGAGUUACUCCUUGCAGCGAAAAGAUGAUAGUAAACAAUCAAACCUCGUUGACCAAGUUGCAAUUGAACAUACUCAUGGGACGUUUGAGGGAAAAGUUCCUCCACCUCCUGAAGGUGGCAAAUGUCCGUUGCUUCUUGCUGGACUUCAUGCCUGUGGAGACCUGUCGGUAAGCAUGCUAAGGACUUUUGUGGAGUGCGAUGAGGUUAAAGCAGUGGUCAGCAUUGGUUGUUGUUACAACUUGCUGUCUGAGGGAGGAACUGAAAAUGCUGCUUCCCAGUGUGGAUUUCCCAUGAGUAAAGGUGUUAAUGAUGCUGGUUUGUUACUAGGAAAAAGUUCUCGUGAUCUUGCGUGUCAGAGUGCAGAGAGAUGGAGUAGUCUUGGGAAAGAUGCUGGUCUUCAUAAUUUUGAGUUGCAUGCUUUCCGCGCUGCCUUUCAGAUGGUUCUCUUCCGCUAUUAUCCGGAAAUUUUGACUACUAGUCCUACAAUAGGGCGCCAAGGGAAAGCUUUCCGUCGCCAACAGAAUCAGAGGAUCCUGGAGUCUCAUCUGCAACAUGAAAGCACAGGCUGCCCUAAUUCCUUAUCUAGGGAAAGCUCUAUGAAGAAAGGAAAUUGUCCUACCAUGAAGUCCUCUGAAGCAGGACCAGACAACAACAAAGGGGCUUACGACAUUGAUACUUGCAUUGAUAUUCUUGAAUAUUGUGGCACUGCUGAUUUGGUGGGCUCAGCCUGGGGCAAUGAUGGCUCAUCUCACGUUUCGUCUUCUAAUCAGACUGCCAAAUGUGGUGAGGUUAGGCCUAUUGACAAAAUUUCACUUUUUGAGAAAUUCAGUCAGUCUGGACUUCAUCGCCUAGGUCUUUCUUGUUCAAACGAAAUUGAUUUUGCUGGAUUAUGGAAGGAAACUGAACCUUUUUCUGAACUUAUUGGGCCGUAUUGGUCUCUUCGAGCUGCACUGGGUCCUGUUUUUGAAACAAUUGUUCUGCUCGACAGAUUAUUGUUUCUCCAGGAACAAGACAAACUUCUGGAAGCAUACAUUUUGCCCAUUUUUUAUCCUGUGUUAUCACCAAGGAAUGUAGCUUUGAUUGCAAAGAAAUUUUGAUAGAAUCUUUGCAUUGUAAGAUAUUUUUGAAAUGUUGUUUAAUUUAUAACUCGAAUGGGCUUAUAUUUUACCACAUGUAAGAUAUUUUUGAAACUGGAAACGCUGGUUUAGUUCAGUUUUU